GCCUUCCGAGCACGGUGCAGACAGGAGUGUAGCCGUCGACGCGUUUGUCACACGCGUACGCGCCUGAACGCCAGCAGCUUUUGUGCCUACGCGCGUGAUUGUGCGUGUGUGUGGGUUCUGGGUGUGUGUGUGUGUGUGUGUGUGUGUAUUGGCAACGUGUAGGCCCCGCACGGUGUUGAACGUUUUGCCGUGUUGUGACGUGUGGGUGACGCUUUUCGGCCCAAUUUCUGUGCCGCUUAUCGGAACGGAACACGAUAACGGGCACGGCCGGGACACGCUCUGGGCUUGGAUUCUUUCCGGGCAGUGCAAAGUAGUGGCAGUGCAAUAGAACUUGCUCGUCAAGCUAGCAGCAGAAGGUGUAGCAAGUGUAGCAGUGUGUCCCUGGAGGUGGCAAAACACUCGUGCACUAACGAGAGACGCGCACUAGCUUCCACCGAGAUCACGUGUCGUGGCGCGUUCGGCAUCCCCGGCAUCGCGGAAGGAUGUAGGCAGCCCGAGCGGGAGGCGAAACCUUCCACCCCGGUUCGGCGGGAGCGCACCGCGCUAUGCGCCAGCGAUCGUCGGCGACCAGUCGCGACCCCCCGCUCCGCUCGAGCGCCGGCCUCUAUGGCUCUAUGGAGUCAGUGUUGCCACGCAACCGUCUAACUAGUGCCUCCACGUCCAAAACCAGCGGCGGCAGUACGCAGUACAGUGUAGCAACAGCAGCAGCCCCACCACCAGCACACUUCCGGCCGGCAAGCGGCGGUGUUAUGCAUGAUCACUCCCGCGCCGACAGUCGGAUAUCGCACCAGAGUCUUAGCAGCAGCAUCGUCAGCAGCAGCAGCAGCAACAGUAGCAGCAGCAGCAGCAACAGCAACAACAACAACGGCAACAGUAGCGCCACCAACCCAACCCGAACGCCCAAACACGCCGGUCUAAAGUCGGUGGAGCAGCGCGCUCGCAACAAGAUCAGUCCCGGGCCGGAGAACGCUGUCACCAGUUCCACCUCGACACCGGGCGCGUCCCAUCGAGCGGGCCUGAACGCACCGAGCAGCGGCAGCAGUAGCGCACGGGCGCCUUCGGCAUCGUCCGGCACGGAACCGGACAAUCUCGCUAGCUACCGACGCUACAGCACCUACACAGCCGGGUUGAAAGAAUCGAGCAAGUGUCCCACUCCGGGCUGCGUCGGGCUAGGGCACGUUACCGGACUCUAUUCACAUCAUCGCAGCUUGUCCGGAUGUCCACGGCGUGAUAAAGUGUCGUCUGAGUUAUUAGCGCUUCACGAAACGAUACUGAAAUGUCCGACGCCCGGGUGUAACGGUCGCGGACACGUCAGUGCGGGGCGCAAUUCGCACCGAAGCCUGUCCGGCUGCCCGAAGGCAGCGGCCAGCAAGGCAGCAGCACGCGAGCUCAAGUACCAGAAUGGUUUGCUCUUUCGUCAGAAGCUACAUACGGCAGUUUUAAACUAUCAGCAGUUGGGCGAGUACCAUUCGGCACUGGCAGUGUCGGCGGAUGACGUAGUAGCAGCAGCACGCGACAGUAGCGUACCGCGGCAGCACGCACCGACCGAAGCGGCCAGAGUCAGACAACCCGAACCGGCCGCCGACAGCCGGCUGGUGAAGGAUCUUAGCAGUAAGCAUAUCGGCGCGCCCGAACCGGACAGCGACCAGUCGCGCCCCAGCUCGGACGGCAGCAGCCCCCCGACACCGGUGAUCAAGACGGAGCGGCAGGACGACACCGGCCACACUACUAGCACCGCUACCACCGGCGAGCAACCGGCCUCCGGCAGCAGAAUGCUCGAAAGCAGCUACGGCCGCGAUCAGGAUCUUGCCCGGUACGGGCAGAUCGGUGAUGCGCGCCACCAGCACCAGCACCAGUAUACGACGGCCCACUACGACGCGAGCCAGACACUCCCGGCGGCCAGCGGCUCGUACGAUCUUGGCACCUACACGACCCGCGGCUACGAUACCGGCGCCUUCGAGCGGUACGACACCGCCGGGUACGGCAUGCAGAAGAGCUUCAUGUACGGCUCCGUCUACCAGCCAGUACAGUCCACACUCGACGACUACACAGCGGUCGGACUGUCGGCCAGUACCGGACCGACCGUACCGCCGGUCGGUACGGUGGGCACCGCGGCUCAGCAGCAGGACGCGAUGCUGCCGCCGCCCGGUCCACCGCUGCUGAAGGUGGAGAUGCCGGACGAGAACAGCUCGUCGACCGAACCUAUCUACCCGCGGCCCGUCUAUCACUAUGAGCAACCGGGCGGCUGCGCUGCCAGCCCGGUCCAUCCACCCGGCUACUCCGCGAUCAAUCUCAGCGUCAAGGUGACGUCCAGCGAGGGCACGCUGCGGGCGGUCGGUUCGCCCGGUGCGACACCGCCCACCGGCGAGCGGCCACCGGCCACCGAUCACUCGCCGAACGGUGUGUCUUCCUCGAACGGACAGCUGACAGUAAACGGCGGCAAGGACGAGUCGGACACGCAGCUCAGCCCCAAACCCGGCACCAGCCCGAACCACAUCAAGGCGAACAGUCCACACAUACCGAGCCCCCAGGGACAUACGCUUGAUCUGAGCGUUAGCCGACUGCCUAACAGCUCCACGAGUCCACAGUACCACCAGGAUGCCGGCACCGCGGCAACGAACGCUCGAUCGCCCCCAACGGAACCGGUCGACUUCAGUGGCCCCCCAAGGCCACUCAGCUUCGGCUUCAUGGGCCCACCGGGGCCGGGGUACAGCCGAGAGUCGACACCGGACAGUGCCGCUUCCCACUAUCUCGACGGCUACCGGGAUCAUACUGGCUACAGUCCUCAUCCGGGCUACGGGAUGGUGGAGUACGCAAACGGCUAUCCCGGCUACGGUUCCAACUAUCAGGCCUGCCCUCCGUACGGUGCGUCCCUUGGCCCGUACUCGUCCGUGCCGGGCGCGGGCUACUCGUCGAGCGGGUCCUGCUACGCGAUGCCUCCACCAUCGCACAUACCGUCGCACGACAAGCUGCUAAAGGAUGGCUUGUCUGGACUUUCGCGCACCGACAGACAGUACCACUCGAACACGCAGGAGCUCAAGUGUCCGACGCCGGGCUGUGACGGUUCCGGACAUGCCACCGGUAACUACUCCUCCCACCGCAGCCUGUCCGGAUGCCCGCGGGCAACCAAACCGAAGAGCAAGCCCCGCGACGGCCAAGAAUCCGAACCGCUUAGAUGUCCCAUUCCAGGCUGUGAUGGUUCUGGACAUUCCACGGGAAAAUUCCUCUCCCAUCGCAGUGCGUCCGGCUGUCCGAUAGCGAACCGGAAUCGUAUGCGCGUCAUGGACUCGGGAGUUCCCAGCUCGGCGGACCUCCAGCCACAACACUCGGCCAAACUUGGCUCGAUGAAGUUUGAUGGCGUGUCGAAUUCGACCAACGGCUGUGAUGCGCUCACUAACUCGCUUGGUCAGGGCAUCAAGAAGGCAAAAUACUCGGAGGAACAUCUAAGCGACGGUGGAUAUGGAAAACCAUUUUCCGCCAUGUCCGACCUGGUGAUGACGCACUCGCCCGAUCACGACACGCGCAAUGGUGGCAAUACGGCGAACAACCUGCCGAACGGAGCGAUCGGACCAUCACAGGGCGCACUAUCGCCCAGCUCCUCAAUGUCCCUUUCCCACCUGCGGUCCGGCACGCGUAUGCAGGACCCGACCGCACAGCAGCAGCAGCAGCAGCAGCAGCAGCAGGGUGAACAGCGAGUCGGCAGCGAUGGGACGGCGGGCGUGGGCAGCGGCGAGAGCGGUGGUGCUGGUGGGUCAUCCGGAGCCGGCGAAGACCUGCUGUCGCUCGAGGCGGAGAUAUCCGAGCUGCAGCGGGAGAACGCCCGCGUCGAGUCGCAGAUGCUCCGGCUGAAGACCGACAUUACCGCAAUGGAGACGCAGCUUAGCCACGCCGAACGGCAGGAAAACGAGACAGCUGCAGGUCGUGGCAACGUAACGGGCUACUACGAUCAUCUGCGCAACAACGUCAUAACCAUGCUCGAGCACGUCAAGAUACCGUCGGCCGCCAGAUGCGACGGUACGCUGGCGACGCACGAGCCCCCCAACGUCCGGCUCGCCAAUGGUGAAGAUCCGCGGCUGGCCAACACCAUCAAUAGUAUAAACGAUAAAAAUAACAACAACACCACCACUACCAUCGGGACCGGCAAGCACACGCUGCACUCCGAUACCGAUGGCGACGGUAACAACAAUCACAGGCGCACUGAGCUCGGCCAGGAUCAUCUGCUCGCCUCCUCCCAUGGUUCCAUCUGCUGCGGUGCGCUCGACAAGCGCGGGGACGAGCUGACAGGCGCCGACCCGCUUGCCAAGGAUUACCAGAGAUCGCUUCAGUCAGCAGGCGGCGGUGGGCACGAGCAUUCCGACCUGGCCCGAACGCCGGACCGCACGCACCGGGAGCCCCCGGCAGAGGAGCCACCGUACGAUAACUACCUGUCCAAGCUGCAGUCUCUCUGUUCCUCCCAGCCGCUCACCUCGUCCACUACCUCGCCGUCAACGGCGUCGUCCGCUGCCAACGGCGAGUCCGGCAGCCACACCUACACCACGGCCGUGUCCACCUGCAGCCCGAUGGUGACGCCCCAGCAUCACCACCACCAUCACCACCAGCAUCACCAUCUGCACUCGCACCAUCAUCUCGGGGCGCACGGUGCCGGUGGCGUCCCGCCUGGCCCGGCGGCCGUAUCGGGCAUGAUGGCGCCGCACCACUACCAGCCCCAGCCGCCCCACCCGAUGCACCAUUUGUACGAUGGGAACGGGCCGAUCUACACCAACCUCGGGCCGGUGCCGGAACCGCAUCCACUCUACGAUACGAUGAAACUGUCUAGCGUGGGCGGUGCGGGUGGUGGUGGCCCUCCGGUUGGGGCUGGUGAUGGGUUCAUGGGGAUGGCAUUGCCAGCACCGAUCUAAGCGGUCCGAUCGGCUUGAGACUGUUCGCCAAACAACCAUCCCAAGGCGAUGGAUUUAUUGUAUACGUUACGUUGCGAACAGUUCUCGAUUGCGUUACCUUUGUGCGUGUUUGUGGGUGGGUGGGUGUGUGUACAAUUUAAUUGAUUCGUAAGGAAGGCUGGUGAACGGGAGCGAAGCAUGAUAAUAACAAUUUGUGCAAUAGAUAUUUUUGUGAUGUAGAUUGCAUACUUCUAGGCGGAAAUAAUGAGCAAAACGUCUUGUUUUUUUAUAUACCUAUAAAACUCUUACGGACCUUUAUUCGAUGUGUAAGUGUCAUGCCUUCAGGUGCUUCCCUAUGUUCAUUUGUUUCUUCUUGUGUUUCUUUUAGUAAAAAAACCCCGAAAAGUAUGUAAUUUUGGUUACAACAAGACUGAGUUAGUGGCAGUUCCGUGAUGUGGCAACAAACAUACACUGAGUUACCAAAAUAUGCUUUACAGAGCUGCCUGAUUAGCGGCUGCAAUGCACAACAUUGUUUUACCCCAGGGUACGAAGCGACGCUCCGCAGGAUCAGUCAGACACAUAUCAAAAAGCGCAGACAGACAUUUAGUCCAUUUUAGCGUGCCGACUGACAAACAAGAACACACGCGUUUAAAACAAAAUAAACACAUACACACACUCACACUAAUACAUACAUAAUUGUAGCGCAAAACAGGGCAAAGAUAUCAUUAGCUUCCGGUGGGUCUCGACUAACCAGCAAAGCCCAACCCAUCAACGCUAAUGAAGAUACGAAUAAAGCGAUACAUGUGUAACAAAGGUAGGAAUGUUAGGUGCGUAAACAGAAACAAAGAUAUCUUGAAAAUAUGCUAGUGCUUGUGGUACUGUAUUAGGCAAGCGCGUGUCGGUUCCACCCUGUGCGGUGUGGAAAUAGAAAUCUAUCGCCAUUGCACAUGCACGACCACGCACGGUAUGGAUACGAUUUUAUGCGUGAGCUCGCCGCGGUACGGUUUGCGGCGAAUGUGGUGUACCGCGGAGUGACGCUCUACUUCACCAGGAAAAGGGUAGUUGUUAAGGCCAACCGGUUUUAUGUCAUAAGUUAAAAUAAAUACGAGUUAAAAUAAAACUGAUUGUAUUUGUCCCAUA